UCUGUUUCCUGCGUGACUAGAUUUUCGUUCCGUAGUUUCCUGUGUAGCGUGCAUGUGGAAGUAAUGGGGAAGAAGAAGGCAACAAGUGGUCUGGGCAGAGCUCUGAUAAAGGACCGAGCACAGAGUCAGCGGGGGCUGCGGGGGAGAGACUCCUGGCUCCACACUAGUGAACUAAAUGAUGGGUAUGACUGGGGCAGGCUGAAUCUCCAAUCGGUGACAGAACAGAGCUCUCUCGAUGACUUUCUUGCAACCGCAGAGUUAGCAGGGACAGAGUUCGUUGCAGAGAAACUCAAUAUAAAGUUUGUUCCAGCUGAAGCCAGGACAGGAUUGCUAACAUCAGAGGAAUCUAGUAGAAUAAAUAAACUCCAUGAAGAAAACAAGCAGUUCUUAUGUAUCCCAAGAAGACCACACUGGGAUAAAAGUACCAGCGCUGAAGCCCUGAAACAGUCAGAGAGAGAGAACUUUUUGGAGUGGAGGCGCCAGUUAGCGAAGCUUGAAGAAGAAAAGAAACUGAUUCUUACACCAUUUGAACGUAAUUUAGAUUUUUGGCGUCAACUCUGGAGAGUCAUAGAAAGGAGUGAUGUAGUGGUGCAGAUUGUAGAUGCCAGAAAUCCACUCUUAUUCAGAUGUCAGGAUUUGGAGCGAUACGUCAAAGAAGUUAAUCCACAAAAAGAAAAUAUAAUCCUGAUAAACAAGGCUGACUUGUUAGCUGAAAGCCAACGACAGGCAUGGGCAGCCUACUUUGAGAAAGAGGGUGUUAAAGUUGUGUUCUGGUCCGCUCUAGCAGAGGCACAAAGACUUUCUGAAGAUGCCGGGCAAAGUGGCGAUGGACAGGCUGAUGUACAGAAUGAUAGUAUCACUACAGAUGAAGAGGACAGUGAGAAUGAUGAGGAUCUAAGUGAAACAGAAGCUGCUCCUACCGGAGACCUUGAAACUAGUGACACAAGUGAUGAGUAUGAAGAUUGCGAAGAUGAUGAAGGAUGGCAGACAUGCUCAGAAGAUGCAGAGGAUGAGGAAGAAAGAGUUAUACCAGAGCAUGAGUCCGAAAGAACUGAACAGAAAGUUGUCAGUAAUGAAAGUCACUUAGUACAAAGUGAUGAACUCCUGGAAGUUUUCAAAUCAAUACAUACAGGGAAGAGGGUUAAAGCGGAACAAAUCACCAUAGGGCUGGUUGGUUAUCCCAAUGUCGGUAAAAGUUCAACCAUCAACACUAUUCUGGGACACAAGAAGGUUUCUGUUUCAGCAACUCCAGGCCACACAAAGCACUUUCAGACGCUGUAUGUAGAGGCUGGCCUUUGCCUCUGUGACUGUCCUGGACUUGUGAUGCCUUCAUUUGUAUCCACAAAAGCAGAGAUGAUAUGCAGCGGCAUCCUACCAAUUGAUCAGAUGAGAGACCAUGUCCCACCAAUCUCUCUUAUCGCACAACGGAUUCCACGAGAUGUGAUGGAAGCCAUUUAUAGUGUAAAUAUCAUUAGGCCUCGGGAAGAUGAGGACCAGGAUCGUUCCCCCACAUCAGAAGAACUGUUAACUGCAUAUGGAUAUAUGAGAGGUUUUAUGACUGCACAUGGGCAGCCUGACCAGCCAAGGUCUGCACGGUAUAUAUUGAAGGACUAUGUCAAUGGUAAACUACUGUACUGUCAUCCCCCUCCUGGUAUAGAUCCUGCAGAAUUCCAGCCUUGUCAUUCUAUGUAUAGCGAAAAGAUGCUUUUAGAUGGCAAGGCAGAUGCAAAAGGGCAUGGCGGCAAGAAAGUCAGACAUAUUGAGAAUGUGGUGGACAAAACCUUUUUUCAUCAGGAAAAUGUCCGAGCUCUGACCAAAGGUGUGCAGUCUGUGGUGGGAUACAAGCCUGGCAGCGGCCCAAUGCCAUUAACUACUACUAGCACAGAGACACUUUCAGGAAAGCCCUGGAAAAAGCAUGGGAACAAAAAUAAAAAAGAGAAAGUACGAAGGCUUUACAAGCACUUGGAUGCAUAAAUGUGAAACUAAGGACUGCUGAAAACAGCGCUGCACAUUUUUAUCAUAUAAAAACAUUUCAAUUUUUAAUAUUCCAAAUUCCUUUGCCUAUUGGCAGAUGUGCAAUCUGGUUGUAUCUGUAACUGCUGUGCACAAUAAACGCAGCCACCAUUCCAGGGGCUUCAUUAUGUGCUGCUGUCAUAUUCACUAUUGUGCCCACUAAAUGGUUUUCUGAAGCGCCCAUAAAAAGAUUUGUGAAACCUCUCAGCUGCUUAGCAAAAAGAAGAGAAUCAUAUUUCCCUGUGCAGACCUGACCUGAAAGAAGCCGAAGCUGCUUGUAUAAAAACUAAAAGUGACAGUGUUCAUUUACUACCCUCCUAAGGGAAAACUGGAAUCUGGUUACUAACUGCUCUACCCUGACAAUUUAUAUGUCACUCUGUCCCUCAUGAGCUGGAAAAUAAAACUUCGUUUUAAAUUGAAGAAUGUUCACACACAGUAUUUUGG